AGAGCAGAGAGCCGGAAGGAGACGCUGAGUGAGAGAGAGAGAGAGGGGGGGAAGGAGACGCUGAGAGAGGGAGAAGGAGACGCUGAGAGAGGGAGAAGGAGACGUUGGGUCAGAGCAGGUAGGUGCACUUUCAAUGCAGCUGCGUUUCCACCACCCUCUCCCAAAUUCGAAAUGGAUAGCCGUUGCCUGUAACAAAGUAACCUGUGACUUGAAAAACACCUAAUUCCUCUGUUACAUUUCUUGCUAUCUUACCUGAUAGAAAGUUACAGGUUGAGACUUUGUUACCUGUAACAUUUCUCCGCCAAACACUAACUGUAAGAAAGUCACCUGUUACUUUCUUACAUUUUACACAAGUUACAGGCAUCCAAACGGCCCCCAUAUCUCAUUUUCAUUUUCCGUCCGUCGUCGACGCCGUAUCUUCCUCGGAUGAUCAAAUGGUGGAAAGAAGGAAGCCUCUCAUCCUCUCCUCUACAAAAACCCUCCUCCAUUCCGUGCUCAAUCCAUCACCAACAGAAAGGAGUCCUCCAUCCGAUCAUAGCAACCCGUCGUCUUCACUACGAUUAACGGCUGGGAUUCUCCGUCGCUCGGGGGAUUCAAUCUCCGGCAUUGGUCUGAAGGAGGCCUCAUUGGACAAUUCAGCUUUCAUCGGUGUCUCCGCAUUGGUUUUGAAAAGAUUGUCCGUAGCUUCUGGCUCACUGGUGCUGGUCAAGAAUGUUGAGACAAAUUUAGGGAGGAUUGGUACAGUCAUUGUUUUAGAUCCUCCUGACACAACUCUUCGAGGAUGCACUAAUGAGACAAAGUUACCUUCUCAAUCUCAGCGCGUGAUGGCCAUUCUUCCUUCUUAUGCUUUCCCUCGAACAGAUCAUCUGACCUUAGAUCGAGAAGUUGCAUAUCUAUCUCCUGUUUUAGCAUUUAACCUUGGAUUGCAUGUAUCGUGCUGGAAACUUCUUGUCCAUGGGGGCCAAGAGUCUUUGAAGUUGUUGUUUGAAGGCAAAGAGAGUGAGUCAGAUGAAAAUGGGAUCAAGGGUUCUGCCGUCCAUGUGGAACUUCUUCCUCGGUCUCUUUCGCCUAGGUUUGCCUCACAUUUGAGGGUUUCAUUCGUGAAAAUACCAGAAUGUGGUACUCUAGAAUCACUUAGGGGAAGUUCACUGAUUGAAGCCGAAGAUCGUCAAGAGAUGAUUGAUUCAGCUUUGCAUGAUUACUUCAAAGUUGAUAGGUAUCUUGCAAGAGGUGAUAUUUUCUGCAUUCAAAUAAAUUGGAAUUGCAAUUCAGAGAUGUGCAUUCCGUGCAGCAAGAAGACCCAUAAAAAUAUCACAGGCAUUACUAUCCAUUUCAAGGUCAUAGCAAUGGAGCCGUUAAUUGAACCUUUUCUUCGUGUCAAUUGCAAACAAACAGCACUUGUACUUGGAGGGAGUGUGGCUUCUGCUCUUCCCCCUGAUUCACUGAUUGGUGAUUCCAAAGUACGUAUGCCUUUGCAAGGGGAUGUAGUUAAGAGUUUGGCAUCUGUUCUUACACCACCUUUAUGCCCGUCAGUGCUUUCUUCAAAAUUCAGGGUCGCCGUUCUCUUGCAUGGUCUUGCAGGGUGUGGGAAACGAACUGUUGUUCAAUAUGUUGCUUGUUGCCUGGGACUGCAUGUGGUGGAAUAUAGCUGCUACGAUUUAAUGACGUCUUCAGAAAGAAAGACAUCUGUUGCACUUGAAAAUGCCUUCAACACAGCUAAUAGGAUCUCAAGACAGAUAAUUGGUGGUGGGCGUGAAUUACGAGGAUUAUACUGCUCGGAACCUUGCGUCGGUAUAGCUGGUCUAAGUGCUCGUGCCCCUCUAUUACAGUGGCAUGCCCGAUACUCACCAUCAAUAAUUCUUCUACGACAUUUUGAAUUGUUCGCGAAUUUAUCCUCCAAUGAGGGUUCACCAAGUGAUCAAGCUGGCAUUAUGUCUGAAGUUGCAUCUGUUAUUAGGGAGUUCACUGAGCCAGUUCCUGAAUGCAGAGAUUAUUACUCUGAAGAAAAUGCAAAUGUUGGUUCUGUAAGAUGCAAUUAUUGCCAUUGUCAUUAUUCAGAGUAUUUAGUGGAGGCUGAGAGGAUGAGCAGACACCGGAUACUGCUGGUUGCAGCUGCUGACAGUUCUGAAGGUUUGCCACCAUCCAUUAGACGUUGCUUCAGUCAUGAAAUAAGCAUGGGUCCACUAAGCGAAGCUCAAAGGCUUGAAAUGUUAUCCCAAUUACUUAAGCCUGUUUCAAAAGUUCCUACACAUAUUGAUAUUGAGGAUGUUCUAAAGGACAUCACUGGACAAAUGUCUGGGUUUAUGCCCAGGGAUAUACAGGCUUUAGUUGCUGAUGCAGCUGCAAAUUCAGUACCCAGGCCCAGUAACAAAAUUGAUAAUGCGGAGGCCCGAGAUAAUAAUAGAAACCAUGCUGUUGGUUCUAAGCCUAUUCAGGACACUAGCUCAUGUCAAAAUGCAGCUCACAGUCUAGGUAAAGAAGACUUUGCAAAAGCUUUGGAGAGGUUGAAGAAAAGGAAUGCUUCUGCAUUGGGAACUCCGAAAGUGCCUAAUGUAAAAUGGGAAGAUGUUGGUGGACUCGAGGAUGUGAAGAAAUCGAUUCUGGAUACUGUUCAGUUGCCUCUCUUGCAUAAGGAUUUAUUUUCAUCUGGAUUACGUAAGCGGUCAGGUGUUCUUCUCUAUGGUCCUCCUGGGACGGGCAAGACAUUAUUGGCAAAGGCUGUUGCAACCGAGUGUUCCUUGAAUUUUCUCAGUGUAAAGGGACCAGAAUUGAUCAAUAUGUACAUUGGCGAAUCAGAAAAAAAUGUUCGAGACAUUUUUCAGAAGGCUAGAUCAGCACGCCCAUGUGUUAUUUUCUUCGAUGAGCUUGAUUCACUUGCUCCUGCUAGGGGAGCCUCAGGAGAUUCUGGAGGAGUCAUGGACAGAGUGGUUUCUCAGAUGCUUGCAGAGAUAGAUGGCCUAAAUGAAUCCACACAGGAUUUGUUUAUUAUAGGAGCAAGCAAUAGACCAGAUCUUAUUGACCCAGCACUCCUGCGCCCUGGCCGGUUUGAUAAGUUACUGUACGUUGGAGUAAACUCUGAUGCUACUUACAGAGAGCGGGUCCUUGCUGCGCUUACACGCAAAUUUAAAUUGCACGAUAAUGUUUCUCUUUUCUCCAUUGCGAAGAGGUGCCCUCCAAACUUUACUGGUGCGGACAUGUAUGCAUUAUGUGCAGAUGCAUGGUUUCAUUCUGCAAAGCGCAAGGCUUCAUUCCAUCAAUCAGAGGCUUCAUGCCCAGAUGGAGAGGUGGAUUCAGUUGUUGUUGAACUUGAUGAUUUUAUGAAGGCCUUCAACUUCUUGACAGGUCUUGGCGGAACUAUCUCCAUCUCUAUCGAUGGCUGAACUUCAGAAGUAUGAGCGGCUACGAGAUCAGUUUGAAGGGGCUUUUUGAAGUAACAGUCCUACCUAGUUCUGAGAUGUGGGAUCAACAGCUUGAGCUGCGAUUCCUAGAAUGACAAGAGCAUAGGGAAGCAUUAAGGGACCGUUUGGCGUCUUUACAAAUAAGAACUUAUUCGCUUAUUUCUAAAUAAAUAAGUCUUAUUUUUGUAAAGCUUUAAUUUUACAUCUUCAUUUUUUUUAGAAACUAGCAAAUAAGCUCUUAAAUUUUAAGUAAUUGAGAGAUCACUUUUUAAGAGCUUAAUUGGUUUAGGCGUGUGGAGGUUUAGGGCUUUAAGUGUUGUUGAAAAUUCCAAAUUUCCCCCUCAUAUCCUCUUUGCAAUCUCUCUUUCUCACAGUUGGCACACAUGAUAGAAUGACCCAUACUGAAGGUGGGGCUCCACAUAAUGAAUGGUCCACAUUAAGGUUUGCCCACACUUGAUCCCACAUAAUGGACAGUCAACACAAAUUUAAGUGUGUAUAUGUGAUAAAUGUAUAAGGUUUUUUUUUUUCAAAGAAGGAUGGCGACUUGUAUGUAAUAAUUAUCCAAGGGAAUUUUAAAGAGAGGGAUGGCGAUUUGUAUAUUUAUCCAAGGGAAUUUUAAAGAGA